AUGAAUUGUGCUAAUCAGAGAGAUAAAAUUACGGUAGAACGGUAUCUCCAAAUGCUUAAAAAUGAUGAGCUGGAAGGUGAUUUGACCGCAAUAUUUGGCCGACUGAGAAACACCGAACAGUUCUGGAAGAAACCAAGAAACGAUGUAAAUUGUAUGACUCAAAAUUACGGUCCAGCAACUUGGUUUCUUACCAUGAGUCCCUCUGAGUGGAUGUGGGAGGAUUUGGGAGAGUACAUCAGGCAAGUAAAUGGCGUUAAAAUGGCUAAUAAAACAAUCAGUGAAUUGGUUGCUCUUGACCCCGUAUCUACCUCACGUAUUAUAGAUAACAAGUUUCAUGCAAUGUUAGACUUAAUAACUAGUUCAGAUGAGCCUUUAGGUAAGAUUAUUCAUUACUUUUGGCGUCGAGAGUACCAAUCUAGGGGUGCUCAGCACUUCCAUUUAAUGUUAUGGGUUAAGGAUGCACCUAUUCUACAUAAGUCAUCUAUAGACGAGGUAGCGUCAUUUAUUUCUAAAUACGUGACAUGUGCCAUUCCAAAAAAAGAUAUUUCUCCUACUUUACAUCAACGGGUCACUUCGUAUCAAAUGCAUAAACAUAACAGUUAUUGCAUGAGGAGAAAGAAAACGAAAAAAGGAUUCGUUUCAGUUUGCCGUUUUGGAUUUCCUCGAACUGUGACGGAUUCUCUUAUCAUAAGAGACAUUUUUCAAACUAUAGCGGCAAGAAAAACUCUCAGCUCUAAUAAUCGGCUCUACAAUAUUGUCCGCUCGAAGGAGUCAGAUAUGAUUAAUGACUACAAUCCCGCUUUGCUGUUGGCGUGGAAUGGAAAUAUUGACAUUCAAUAUGUUGGAGAGAAAACAGCCAUUUUGAACUAUUAUGUGACCAAGUAUACUACUAAAAGUGAAAAGACCCAUGCAUCCGACAUGUUUAACGAUAUUAACUCUACAAAAAGUCUUAGAAGCCGGUUAUAUAAUAUUGGUCUCAGAGUAUUAGCGAAUCGAGAAUGCGGAGCUUUAGAAGCCAGCGAUACAUUAUUGGGAAUACCACUUUACGGCACGGACCCACAAACAACAAUAAGAUGGUUAGACGUAAACAUUCAUCGUAAUCGCAGGGUUAAAUCGAAGUCUGAAAUGACUGGACUGGACCCGAAUUCCACUGACAUAUAUUACGAUUCUUGGAUAGACAACGUUUACCCUGCCAGACCUGACGAAUUAAAAGACAUGAAUCUAUUUGACUUUUCGAAAGACUAUGAUUUAGUUAAUACACGGCCUGUUUCAAAUAAAGUAGAGUAUUAUGUUUUAGCAAAUAAAAAAUACUUAAAAAAACGAGAUAGACCAUACCUAAUUAACCAUUACCUGUAUGAUGUAGAGCAAAUGCCAGAAAAAUAUUUCUUUUCCUUGUUGUUAUUAUUUAAACCUUGGAGAAUACUAGAUGACCUAAAAAUGCAACAUGAGACAUACACAGAAACUUUUAAUGCUGUAAAGGACGAUUUACAAGAAGCGUUACGCUACGGAAAUUUACGGACUGAAUUACGAAAUAUUUUACAAACAGCUUUUGAAAAGGUAGAAGAAAAAGUAGCAGAACUAAACGAAGAAAGGGAAAACAUAGUAGAUGAAGGCCCCGACAAUCCUUUAGUGUUUGAAGCUUUGGAAGCGGUAAAUGCUAUGGAAGAUUUAAACAACUUUGAUUUAGUUGAAGCGGAUAUUUCUGAAAUGAAUGAGCAAGCAAUGAUAGAUAAAUUGAAUUCUGAUCAAAAAAAAGUAUUUGAUACAGUCACUAAUAAAAUUACGAACAAAAAAGAAAUAUUGCGACAUUUUGUUAGUGGCACCGGUGGCACCGGCAAGAGCUAUUUAAUAAAAACCUUAAAAAUAUGGAUUAAAAACAACCUGCAUAAAAAUGUUGCUAUUACUGCCCCGACUGGAAUUGCAGCAUUUAACGUAAACGGAUUAACUAUUCACAGAUUACUACAACUGCCCGUAGAGCAUAAACAAACUCCUAAAUACAAACCGCUUUCAGACGAAGUACUUCAAGUUUUAAGGACAGACUUAAAAACUGUCGAAUUAUUUAUUAUAGAUGAAGUGUCUAUGAUAUCUAAUGUAACUUUAGCCUACAUAAAUCUUCGUUUAUGCGAAGUGUUUGAUACUUCUGAUGUAGAAGAUGGUUGGUUUGGAAAAAAACAUAUUUUAGUGCUUGGGGAUCUUUUACAACUUCCACCCGUUAGAGAAAAGUCGCCAUUUGAAAAACUAACCCCUUCAGAAAUUAAUAAACUUAUAGGCUCCUUAAGUAUUCCAAACUUAUGGGCUGAACUUUUUACUUACGACGAACUUACGUUGAAUAUGAGACAGCUGGAUGAUUCUACAUUUGUAGAAAUGUUAAAAAGAAUCAGAGUAGGAGUGACAACUCAAUCAGACAGAGAUAUACUGUCUAACCGAUUGAUACCUCUGCUCUCGCAUUCCAAUAAAGGAAGGUUAAUGGAAAUAGCACAAUGUUUGAGGGACUUACCAGAAGAUACUGUUUGUUUACUACCGACUAGAAAUAUGUGUAUGCAGUUAAAUGAUGCAAUGUUAAAAGCGAUUCCGCACCCCGAGAUGAAGUUAGUUGCUAAAGAUUCCUUGGAUUGUUCAAAAUGUAUGAUAACGAAAGCUCGGGCGUGUUUACAAAAAUAUGAAGAUGAUGCGUCGAUGACUGCUGGACUGGAAGAAACUAUAAUUAUUAAAGAGGGAGCUAAAGUAAUGCUUACGAGAAAUAUUGAUGUUAGUUUAGGUUUAGUGAAUGGAUCGAUAGGCGUUGUACAAAAAGUGAGGUGGGACCCGGAAGACCGAACAAAGCCUAAACAAUUGGUAGUCAAAUUCGCUAAUAAUUUGAUUCACGAAUUAUUGCCUAUUAAGUCAAAAUUUGAGAUCAUACCCCGGGCAUACGUGUACAGAGAACAAUUCCCAAUCUGUGUGGCGUAUGCCCUAACAAUUCACAAGAGCUAA